AUGAAGAAACUAGAUUAUGCACCGCAACAUGAGGAUGGACAUGGGAGUGCAGAGCAUCGUCGUUUGCGGAAGGUGGCAAUCAAAAUAGUGUCUCCACACGAACCUUCAGAAACGGCUACUAACAUCUGUUCACAAAGUUGGAAUCAUCAGGCUGUUGUCCCAUAUGAACAACAUAAUCUAAAUAGUGAUUCUUGUGGGUCUAGACAAAACAGAUCGGAGAAGACAUCAUUCGAUCAACCGGAGAGGAGUCUCGAGAACACCAUUGUGUCUCCAACUCGGUCUGCUAAUGUUAUGGAGUCCAAUGUUACUUUCCGGGCUAGAGGGGCACCUCGUGCUCUUACCUUCUCUCCGCGCUCUCUUCAGGCUGCAGCAAAUGGGGUAGAGAGGGAUCAGAUGAUUGGUGCAUUAAAGGAUAUGGACACACCGAUGGAAUUGGAUGAUGAAAAGUUGGAUGAUGAUGAUCAGGCUGAUGAUUUGCUGGAGGAGGAACUGCUAGCGUUGCAGGAAGAAGAAUUGAAGGGGAAGAAAAUACAUGAGAACUCGGGCUCUUCCAGGGCUCUGGCCCGCAGAGAGGAUGCUAAACCAUCCCAAAGCUAG